AUGUCUUAAAUUAUAUCAACCAUAAUUAGACUAAUACUUGUAGUUUUCACCUUGGGUUUUUUCUUCUUAGCUUAUGAGUAAGAGCUCAUUUAGAAAAUUCUAAGUUAAGAUUAAGAUGAAUCUACCCUGAGAGACUCUUAACUCUUACGACUAAAACAAUCUUUAAUAUCUAAGAAGCUAAGAGAUCUCAAAUCUUUUGGGGCAUUUGAUCUUUACGAAUACUCUCCAGGAAAUACAUCUUAUGGCAGCGGGGAUUAAAACUUAACAGACGAGGAAUUGUUAAAUCAACCAAUGGAAUAAUUCAUUUAUAUGACAUUCAUCAUUCCUGGCCAUCAAUAAUCAUUCAAAGAUUACUAAUAAUUUAUGAUCAAAUACCAUAACAAGACUCAAAAGCAUAUGUAGCAACACUUUAUAAAUAAUGAAAUAGAGUUCCAAAUAUAUAUAUUCGAUUUCCAGGAGCAACCGUCUGGAAAUUCAGGUGAUAUAGUAAUGAUGUAGGCUAAGUAUGUCUUCAGAGUUAUCUAGGAAAAGGUGCUGUUUUACAGAAGGAAAUGCAAGGUGACAAUAAUUGGUAUUGAUGAGGGAGCAUUAGUAGCCUAAGUCGCGAUUGAAUAACCCAGAUUUCCCCAAAAUUAAAUUUCAAAUAUCAUAUCUAUCCUCAAUCAUUAUCCAGUUAAGUUAAAGAAUACUUAUUCCCCUUUGCCUGCAUACUUUUUAGAUGAGGUCACUAGAGAUCUCUCUUUCUAGGUUAAGAAUAAUAUUUUCCAGAUUGUGAUAAAAAACUGUGAUGUCUAUGAUGAAGGUUAGAAGUAUUUAGGAUACUUCUUGAACUAGAUUAAAUUUUCUAUCGAGACAAGUACAAAUCAAAUGCAAAAGAUUAACACAUGUUUCUAUGGUAAGAACUUACUUGAUAACGGUAAUUAUCAAAGUUUUGUUAUAAAUACUGUACUAAAUUCAACAUCUAAGCAAAAUAAAGUGCUAUCAAACAGACUUACAAAUGCCACAACACAUGUAAUUAAUUAGAAAAGCAAUGUGAAAUCAGUAAAUACUAAACAAAUAAAUUUCAACUACUAAGAAGGAACUAAAGUGGAUUUUGAAGGCUCAGACUUCACUACUUUAGUAGACAAAGAUUACAUGAAAUUCGAAAUGAACAUUACUCUAAAUAGUAAAGAGAGAUAUUAGUUUGUGACUGACUGUGAAGACAUAAAGUUUUACCAGAGUUUAAAUGGAGAAAACUACAAGAUAGAAGUUUUUUUAGCUGACAUAAAAUCUUAAUCGCAUUAUAGGAGAAUCAAAUAUACCUCUUUCACCGGGCGAGAGUUGCUAUUGAGAACUGACAAGAAAUAAAUCGAUCAUCUAAUGUUCGAAGUUACAAACAAUAUCACUAAAAAUUCUAUGUGUUCUUUGAAAAUUCACCAAGAUUAAUAUAGGAAGUAUCACUAUACAAAGAACAUAAUCAGUAGUUAGGAUUUCUAGUUAAUCAUCAAGGACUAAAAUUUUGAAGUACUAAUGAAUCAAAUUAGUGAAAGUUUGGGUAAUCCCCUACCUUUACGAGUAUGUUCAAAUAGUGAUUUGAUUGUGGAGUAAAACGGAGAAAUUCAUAUUCACUUUAAGGGCUGUAAAACUUACUUGAUCGAUAAUUUAGAGUCAAUUAAUAUUCUUAGCCUAGUAAUAUUCACAAAGCUAUCCUAUUAAAACGAGUAACUCAUUCUCGUGCCUAUCUUAUCAUAUUCUAUGACCUACUUACUUAUAGUAGUUUACUAAAUUAUCAAGGUGAUUUUAGGAACUUUUCUUUUUGAUAUUUGGGAUAAGAUUGAUAAAAAGCUUCAUCCGAUAAGAACAUUCACUCAAUAUCUAAUUCUAUUUAGUAUGCUAUUUAUGCUCGCAUUUGCGUUUGUCUUGCGUUUGCAAACUAUUAUUUUAGUCUCUGGUCUGUUUAGUUAUUUAACAGUGAUGAUUAAAGCAAGUAAACUUAAAAAAUGGAUGGAAUAAUCUGAAGAUGAGAAGUUGAAACAGUAUGGUAAACGUUAAGCCUGGAAUAUGAUAGACUUCACUCUCAUAGGGUUAAUAACCUUAGCUACAUAUUAUGAAAGCUUUAUAGUUGAAGCUUGGAGAAUUUAGGAUUAAGAAAAUAGACUGAAAUACCCCUAUGACAAUGAUCUAGUCCUAUAUGUUCCAUAAAUAACUUUCUUUAUGUCAAUUAGCAUAGUUAGUAAAGAUAAUCUGAAGACAGUGAUGAAAAACAUCGGAGUGCCAUUUCUUUCAAUAAUGCUUGCUUUCUAUUCUCUAAGUUGCUACAAAUUCUUGUAUAGAGCCAGAAUCAUUUUAGGUAUUACAUUAAUGAUUGUGAGUUCAUUUUUCUAUAUGGGUGCUUGCUUAAUUAUUAAUAGCAAAAGAAUAGCUAAACUAGAGUAAAAACGAAUAGAGAGAAGAAAGCUAAGAAUCGCCUUUAAGCGAGAAAAGGCUGAUAAAAAGUUCAAGCUAUAUUUAGAGGAUUAGUAGAGAUUUUAAAGUAUUGAGGCCGCGAAAUAAACAUAAGAUCCUCUAGAGGAAGUCUAGUAGGAAGAUGAGCUAACUAUUGAAAGCUAAUCUUAAAAGUUGAAUCCUGAAUAAACUAAUAAUGAAGUGAUUAACGAAAAAAUAGUAGAAGUUAAUACAGAUGAGACCAUAACUUAAUUAAAACAAAACUAAGAAUAAGUUGAGAAACAAUAAAAUAAAAAGAAAAAUAAAAAGUCUAAAAAGAAAAAUCAAUGA